UUAAUACGCCUUGUCAAAGUUCACGUAUGUUGACGCACACACUGAGUUUCAUUGACCUCGGAGUGAUUUUAAUAGCUGUGACUGUCGCCUGUGAAUGAAUGAGAGACAGUUAAAUAUAUAUGGAGGAGUUCUCAUAAACGUUUAAGCUCUGAACCUGUCCUUCUUACUCCAUUCCUUAAAAGUUACUUAAGGGCUAAAGUACACUCGCUGUCUGCCGCAAAUCUCUGCUGGACACAGCAAUGUAAAGAGGAAACCCGUUUACCUUGUUUUGUUUUAACUACUACAACCCACUACUUUUUUUGUAGUAAGUGGUUGAUUAGAUUUUUCUAGACCCUUUGUUUUAAACUUUAGUCUUUUGGAGAAUUCGUACCUGCAAACCAUGGAGGAAGCUCUCAACCGCACCAUUGACCCAGCAUGUUUACAAGAGCCUCCGCAGGCGAUUGACGUGAUAAACCAGCUCGAUAAAUUUGGAUUUUGUCUGUACGGCAUCCUCACCCUCAUGUCCUGCAUCUCCCUGCUGCUGUACCUUGAGCAGUGCAUCUAUAUUUAUAAAGAACUGCCCUACCCCAAGAAGACAACCAUCAUCUGGAUAAAUGGUGCAGCACCAGUCAUUGCUACCAUGGCGUGUUUCGGGAUGUGGAUCCCCAGGGCAGUCAUGUUCACAGACAUGACGUCAAACUGUUAUUUUGCAGUGGUCGUGUACAAAGUCCUGGUGCUGAUGAUCGAGGAGUACGGCGGCACUGAUCUUUUUCUGAAGAGGUUUUCUGGUGAAACCUUCAAGAUCAGCGUGGGACCCUGCUGCUGCUGCUGUCUCUGUUUACCACGUGUACCCAUGUCACGGCGAAUGUUAUUCCUGCUGAAGGUGGCUGCUCUUCAGUAUGCAAUCCUAAAGACAGUGCUCUCUGUCCUCUCCAUAAUACUGUGGACAAACGGCAACUUUGACCUCUCUGAUCUGGAGAUCACAGGCACAGCUAUCUGGAUCAACCCGUUCAUUGGCGUUCUCACAAUAACGUCCCUCUGGCCUGUUGGCAUCAUCUUCAUGAACACUAACAGUAAUCUACGCAAGAUCAAAAUCAUACCCAAGUAUGCCAUGUACCAACUAAUACUUGUGUUGAGUCAGCUGCAGACGUCAAUCAUUAACAUCCUGGCCUUGAAUGGAACCAUCCCGUGUUCCCCUCCCUUCUCUUCUACGGCUUGGGGAUCGAUGCUGAGUCAGCAGAUCAUGAUCAUGGAGAUGUUCAUAAUCACUCUGGUCACUCGGUGUUUGUACCGUCGCACAUAUGACCCACUUCCCACUGAGGCGCAUGACGAAGACCACAAGGAAAUGAAGCUCGUGGAGCAUGAUGUCUAAGAAAGGACACGGAUUUUAGUUAAGAGACCAUUAAACAGUCAAACUGGAAACCGAGUCUGAAUCUGAGUCUUUUAUUUUGACAUGACAAUAAAACAUUUUGGAUAUGUG